UUUUAAAAUACUUUUUGAUCUAGUUGUUGUUGUUGUUGUUUAACGUGACUGUAUAGCAACGGUGCACGGCUGCACCAGGGACUUUUACUUUGAAAUAGAAGCGUCAUCAAGAGGAGGAGUUUCGAUCCGGAAGUAAACAGUACAUGUAGAAGUUGAUCGAUUUGAAACUCAUGCUGACUCAGAGAAAAACGCCUGCAGCGACAUGAACAUCCAGAACUUCAGCCUGAGCGAGAAGCUGGUCUCGUCCUCUUAUGUGCGGCAGGGCCUGCAGGCUCGCCGAGGACACGAGCAGCUCGUCCGAGUGCUUUUACAGCAGGGCAAAUGUCCCGAGGAGGGAUGGAGUGAGAGCACCGUCGAGCUCUUUCUGAACGAGCUGGCAGUCAUGGACAGUAAUAACUUCUUAGGGAACUGUGGUGUGGGCGAGCGAGAGGGCCGAGUCGCCUCAGGCCUGGUGGCCAGGAGACAUUACAGACUGAUCCACGGCAUCGGCCGCUCGGGGGACAUUGCUGCUGUUCAGCCCAAAGCUGCCGGUUCAAGCCUCCUGAAUAAAAUCACUAAUUCAGUCGUGCUGGAUGUGCUCAAAUUUACAGGUGUUAGGAGCGUGUCCUCGUGCUUCGUGGUCCCGAUGGCCACAGGAAUGAGUCUGACGCUGUGUUUCCUCACACUGAGACACAGGAGGCCAGGAGCGCGUUUCAUCCUCUGGCCUCGCAUCGACCAGAAGUCCUGCUUCAAAUCCAUGCAGACGGCUGGCUUUGAGCCUGUGGUGAUAGAGAAUGUGCUGGAAGGAGACGAGCUGAGGACAAACCUGGAGGAAGUGGAGAGGAAGAUCGAGGAGCUGGGAGCUGAGAACUUCCUGUGUGUCCAUUCCACCACUUCCUGUUUCGCUCCACGAGUCCCUGACAGGCUCGAGGAACUUGCUGUUCUGUGUGCAAAGCAUGAUAUUCCCCAUAUAGUCAAUAACGCUUAUGGAAUGCAGUCAUCCAAAUGCAUGCACCUUAUUCAGCAGGGGGCUCGCGUUGGGAGAAUCGAUGCCUUUGUCCAGAGUCUUGAUAAAAACUUCAUGGUCCCGGUCGGCGGUGCCAUCAUCGCAGGCUUUGAUGAGAACUUCAUUAAGGAGAUCAGUAAGAUGUACCCAGGUCGAGCUUCUGCGUCUCCGUCUCUAGACGUCCUCAUUACGCUGCUCACACUGGGAGCCAACGGCUACAAGAAACUCUUGGCUGAGAGAAAGGAGCUGUAUGGUCACCUGGCGCAGGAGCUGAGCGCUCUAGCCGAGAGACACGGGGAGAGACUGCUGCAUACGCCACACAAUCCAAUAUCACUGGCGAUGUCUCUGAACCAUCUCCAGACACACAGCACCGCAGCGGUCACGCAGCUGGGCUCCAUGCUCUUCACCAGACAGGUGUCUGGAGCCAGGGUCGUCCCGCUGGGUGUGGAGCAGACCGUGAGCGGACACACGUUUCGUGGCUUCAUGUCGCACGCAGAUGCCUAUCCGUGCCCGUACCUUAACGCAGCCUCUGCUAUUGGAAUAACCAGAGAUGAUAUAACACUGUGCAUCAAGAGACUCGAUAAAUGCCUCAAGAGCCUUAGCAAAGAAGCUUCUGCAGAGAAGAGUGAGUCAGGAUCGCCAGCUGAAGAUGUGGACGACCAAACCGUGCCCUGAUGCUCUACACUCUAAAAAAUGCUGGGUUAAAAAGGGACAAACCCAGCUAUUGGG